AUGAAGUUGACAGAAGCCCGGCGCUUCACUCUCACCAUUGUCGCUCUGGCAAGCGUGUCUCUCACUGUCUCUCUUAGCUCUACCUCUAUGAGCAAUGCGGUCCCGGUGAUCACGAGUCAAUUUCACGGCACAGAUGUCCAGGCAUUCUGGUCUGGGACGGCAAAUCUACUUUGCUCUGCGGUUUUCCAACCCGCUUUUGCGGUCUUCUCUUACAUCUUUGGACGCAAGCCUCUGUUUAUCAUUGCCUCACUUCUUUUCUUAGCAGGCUCGGCCCUUGCCACAGGCUGCCAAAGUUUUGAUGUCCUUCUUGCCGCAAGAUCAAUCCAAGGCUUUGGGGGUGGUGGGCUGCUCACGCUAUCCGAAAUCCUGAUCGCAGACCUCACCCCGCUGAGAGAGCGCGGAAAAUGGAUUGGUAUCCUGAGCAUGAUGUGGGCUAUAGGAUGUGUUAGUGGACCUGUUGUUGGCGGUGCACUGGCCCACCGCAACGUUUGGAGAUGGAUCUUUGCGUUGAACCUCCCGCUGGCCAGCAUCUCACUAGCAUUGAUAUGCAUAUCUCUAAAGCCUCGCUACUACUCCACCACUUUCUAUGAAGAAAGCACCGCGCAGAAGCUGGCCCGUGUCGACUGGAUAGGCUUCGGUCUCUUCAUCCCGUCAAUGUCUAGUUUCCUGAUACCCCUCACCUGGGGCGGCGAGCUCUUUGAUUGGGAAAGCUGGCAUACUUUGGUGCCACUACUCGUUGGCGUCGGAGGCCUGGUGGCAUUCGUGAUCUACGAAAUGUUCCUUGCAAAAGAACCGUUCUUGCUUAAGAGUAUAUUUCGCGACUGGAACGCAAAGCUGGUUUACGUCCAGACCUUCAUGCAUGGACUGAUUGUCUGGUGUCUUUUAUAUUACCUCCCACUGUACUACCAAGCCGUGCAGUCAUACAGUGCUCUUAUGUCUGGUGUUGCUCUUCUACCUGAAACAUUCAGUAUCACCCUUGCUGCCGGCUUAGUGGGGUUCGUGAUAGCGAGCACUGGCCGCUAUCGCGAGGUUCUGACAGGAGGCUGGGUCGUUGCGACAGCAAGCCUAGGCACACUGUACCUACUCAAUGUCCAGACCGCGAUCUAUGAGUGGGUCCUCAUCAACUUCUUCGUUGGAAUGGGAACAGGGUCUCUGUUCACAAGUCUGAAUCUAACAGUCCAGUCGAAUAUUGCUCCACACGAGGUUUCGCACGCCCUUGGCUUUUUCGCUUUCUUCCGAGCCUUGGGCCAGGCUAUUGGGGUGGCUGUCGGAGGUGCAUUCUUUGACAAUAUUUUCCGAUCAAAGUUGAAGAAAAAUGCCGAAGUCGCGGCCUACACGAACCAAUUGAGUAAGGGGGCGGCGGCGAUGAUUGAGGUCUUGAAAACUAUUCCCGACUCGGACCCCCGGAAACCAUCAUUGGUCCAAACAUAUGCGGAUUCAUUGAGGCUACUGUGGCCAGUGAUGUGUGGAUGUGCUGGAUUUGCGCUCCUGGUGAGCCUGUUCAUCAAACAUCACAAUCUGGCGCGAGGAGAUGAAGAUGUCGAGUCUCUGAGUGAUACUGUCUCUAUGAAUUCCAGAGCAGAGUUUGGAGGAGGCCAUUACCGGGUCAGAAAGCAUUGA